UCGAACAGGUAAGGCCGGUUAGUUACUUUUAUAUCUUUUAAAACGACGGUUGGUAUUAAAUUGAUAUAAAAUGACAUUUAUAAAACGUUGAUUGAGGUUAUGUUAUUAAUUACUCUAAAAAUAAUAAAAACUUAAAGAAAUCAAGAUAUAAAAUAGAUAUUAACUAUAAGUACACGAAUUAAAGUGGUUAUGUCGACCCGAAAAUCGUUUACAAUUCAAGAAAAAGCUGAAGUUAUCAAAUUGUUAGAAGCUGGGGAAUCAAACGGAUCUGUGGCGAAGAAAUUUAAGUUCACAGGAAAGCAACAUAGAAUUGCGAAAUCUUCAUCAAUUAAAAGAAAAACUCUCCAAGUCGCGUGUACAACGAAGCACCGCCACAUAAGAAUAAGAAUAGUUUGUUGUUCUUGUAGGCCAUCACUAAGUGUUGAGUCAUUAAAGGAAAGCUACCUAAGGAAUCCUCAAACAUCUAUGAUUCAUAAAUACACUCAACAGGUAAAUUGCAGAUAUAUUUAUCCUUCUUUUUAAAGUAAGUUUAUUUUGGAAUGACUUUAAGCUAAUAUUUACCACAAUGCCAGGCCGGAAUUGCGCCGUUUCAACCUGUAAGAACAGUUAUAUGAAAAGUAAGAAGGAAGGAAAAUCAAUAAUUUAUCAUAGUUUUCCAAAAGAUCAAAAAAUGCAAAAAUUGUGGGCUAAAAAAACCGGAUGUACUAAUGAACGGAACUUCAAGAAUUGCCAGAUUUGUUCCGAUCAUUUCUGCGAAGACGAUUACGAGAGGGAUUUGAGAAAUGAAUUAUUAGGAAUCCCUCCACGAAAAGUUUUAAAAAAGACAGCUGUACCAUCACUCAGAUUAGAAAAUACGAAUCAAGCAGAGGUGGAAUACGCAAUUACAAAAAGAAAAAAGCCACAACAUGAAUUUGAUGACCAGAUGUCUUCAUCGACAAUUUCAACGAUAUGGAAAAGUCGCGAUACUGUAAAACAAGUUUUUGAAAAUAGCCCAGCCGCAAAAAGAUUACGUCCUUGCAAUGAAGUCUUAAUAGAUAAAGCUUUAUUAAAAUGGUUAAAAGCUCAAAUGAGUAACGAUAUUGAAGUAACCACAACCGCUUUGCAAGAGAAAGCAAAAGAAUGCGCUUUAGAAGUAGGAGUCACCGAUUUUCAAUGCACCGGUAGUUGGAUUCAACGUUUUCGUAAAAGAUACAAAAAUAUUUGCGGCAAAAAAAGCGAAAUCGUGGAUGUACCACAAGAAUUAAGCGUUAAUUGGUUAUCAACAGUUUGGCCAAGUUUAAGAAAAUCCUACUUAGACGAUGAAAUUUACAACGCGGUUGAGGCAAGUUGUUUUUAUGGAUUUUCUUCAAAUAGAUCCUUUGUAACGAAUGAAAUUAAUCCGCAAAUUCGUCGCGAUUUUUCAAAGGAGCGCUUAACCAUUUUAGUAGCAGCUAAUAUGACGGGGACAGAUAAAUUGAAACCUUUUGUUAUUGGAAAAUGUAAAGAAUGUUUUUUUAACUCUUUACUCGUUGAUUAUGAAUAUCAUCCGAAAGGAUCGAUUAAUUCAAAUAUAUUUGAGAGAAUAAUAAAAAAAUGGGACGAUAAUUUUUAUCAGCAAAAAAAGAAAAUACUUUUACUUCUUGAUAAAUCCUCAAUGCGUUUGAUGUUGGACGAUUUAGAAGCGAUUGAAGUUGUAUUUCUCCCCACAAAUAUAAAAUCACCUUUCAAAACGGGCAAAAAAUCAUCAGAAUCAGUUAUAAUAACCGUAAGAAAUGAUUUUAGAUCAUUAGAAAUCAAAAAAUUUCUCGAAAAUAUAGACAAUUCAGAUACUCCAAAGCAAAUAAAUAUCGUUGAAGCUUGCGAUAUGAUUUCAACGGCUUGGAAUAACAUUUCCCAAAGCUCCAUAUCAAACAGUUUCAUCACCGGCGGUUUUAAUGUUGACGCAAAAUUUCAAGAAUGUUCCAAUGAGCCUUUACCCAUAGAAGUGUGUCUUACUCCUUCGAUAAAAGAAGAAUUUAUGGAGGAAGAUAACGAAAUUAAGAUCAAAGAGGAAAAUGAAAUAAGUAUAACUGAAAAUCAAAUUAUACCAGGGAAUAGUAUCAAAAUUAAAGAUGAGGUUGAUUCGGAAAUUGUUCCACCAACGCUCGAAGAUGCAGCUUUUGCAAUUCAAACUUUAAGAAACUUUUUUACGUUUAAUCAAGGAUCUGAUUAUGACAGAACAACGAGUGCAAUUUCUUAUUUAGAAAAUUUAAUUGAAGAUUCAAAAGUAUUAAAUAAAAUGUAAUUAAUAAGAUUA